AUGGCGCCAUUACCUGCUGCGCGCAUUACACCAUCUAAAGUCUUCGGACACUCGGGGCUGGAUUACUGCGGGCCGUUUCUCGUUCGUCAAAUUGCGGGAAGGGGCGCUUUGGUAAAAGUCUGGGUCGCAGUGUACGUGUGCUUCGCCGUCAAAGCCGUUGUGCUGGACAUCGUCGCCGGGAUGCCAGCUGCUGCGUGUGUCAAUUCGUUGAGGCGCUUUGUGAGUCGCGUCGGUCGCGUUCGCGUUAUACACUGCGACAACAGCACCUCGUUCGUCGGCGCGUUCCGCGAGAUAAAGGAGAUGCGACAGCAACUCGUCCAGCAGCUGAAGUUCAACGAAUGGGCUAACGAGUGCCUGGAAAAGGGCAUCGAUUUCCAGUUUAUUCCUCCGAGAGCACCGCAUUGUGGUGGGCUGUGGGAAGCUGCGGUGAAGAGCUUCAAGCACCAUCUUGUCAGGAUCAUCGGCUCCAUCACCUUACCACUUUGA